AUCAAUCCAGCGCGUCACGGGUCUCACUCACAGGUGAUAUCUAUUAGCGUCCCUCAUAUGCUGUCAGGUGUCGCGUCUGCCAUCAAACCCCUUUCCCCCCCCCUUCCUGUUGUGGGAGAUUUUUUUUUUGUGUGUGUGUGUGGCGGUUAUUUUGGCAACCUGCAGUCCGCUUUGCAGAUGCCAUGUUUGAGCAGUGAGCAUGGCGGAACAUCAUCUGGAGUACGGCUACCUGGAGGGCGAGUCCAUCGGGGAGCAUUUCGCCGAGGACCCGGAGCUGGCGGCCAUCAAGGCCCGAGUUCAGGAGCUGGAGAUGGAAGAAGAGACGGAGAGAAUGAGGGAAGAGGAGGAGAGGUGUGAUGCAGUCGACAUGCAGCUCUUGACCAACAGCUCUCGGCUUGGACCUUUCUACAAUAUGACUCCUGAAGAGAGGAUAGACGCAGACAACAGAUCCGUCUAUGUGGGAAAUGUAGACUAUGGAGCUACUGCAGAUGAACUGGAGAUCCAUUUCAAUGGCUGUGGUCCUGUCAACCGGGUUACCAUCCUGUGUGACAGGUUCUCCGGCCAUCCCAAGGGUUUUGCUUACAUUGAGUUCUCUGAUCGAGACUCUGUGCAGAGUGCUAUUGGUUUGCAUGAGACCUUGUUCAGAGGAAGAGUCCUAAAGGUAAUGCCCAAGAGGACCAACAUGCCAGGUAUCAGCUCCACAGACAGGGGAGGACACAGAGGUGGCCACACCAGAGGCAGAGGCCGUGGUUCGCCCCCUCGAUACCAGAACAGCUCUCGAGGUAGGUUCCGGUACCAGUCGAUAAGGCCACAGCACCAAACCCCCCACCCGUACUACGGAGGUCCCUCAGUGGGGAAGAGACAGUGGGGACACAUGGACUACCAGGAACAGAUGCCUAAACGUUACCCGUGUCUUCUUCUCAUCACCCCACCGUCAGAGGAGAUGGGGCCGGGGGCGAGUGGACAGCACUACCCUCAACAGCGCUAGCACCAUCCACAGCAUACAUGCGUAGAGUGGAUGAACAGAACUGAUCGUUUUAAAGCAGUGUUUCCAGGCGUUACUGAGUUGAGCAUCAUGUGAGAUGCCAGCAUGGACAGAAGAGAUGACUUUCUAAGUUGCAUCAGUGCUUUAAGAGAUGUAGAGGAUGAAGACUGGGGCCAGAGGUGUUGCAUUAUAAGCUUAUGUUGCUAUGAAUGCAUGGGAAAAUCCUCAAAUUGUUAUCGCAUCUUUAACUGUUUUCACAAACUGAUGCAAAUGUAUUGUGUUGCUGCCUGCAAUGUCUUGUAUAAAUCCUCCCUAUGUAUAACUUAUAAGUUC